AUAGAAUUAUGGGGAUGUGUCUAUUAUGACAAAUAUUUGAAACAAAUUGAUAAAUUUGUAAGUAGAGCACGAAAAUAUGGUUAUACUUCAAAAGGUUACUCGAUGAAAGAAAUAAUAUGUUCCAGAGACAAGAAGUUAUGGGAUAAAGUGACAUCAAAUGUGAACAAUCCAUUACAUGAGUUAUUACCAAACAACCUAGCCAGACCGCUUAGGCCUCGAGGACAUGUUUAUGAAUUACCACGAAUAAGGACAGAACGCUUUAAGUAUUCCUAUAUAAAUCGAUGUUUAUUCAACUUUAUAUGA